AUGCCUGCUCUCGAAAGAACAAAUUCAUGUACAGACAUUGAUUUCACGCUGAGACGCCAGUUCAAAAAAUCCCACUUUAGAAAACAUCAGAAGGAAAUAAUAUUGGCUGCCCUUGACAGACACGAUGUAUAUGUACAAGCGGCCACAUCCUUCGGGAAGAGCCUAUGCUUCCAACUUCCAGCUGUGAUUGACCAAGGCAUCACGAUCGUUAUCUCGCCACUUCUCAGCCUCAUGAUGAACCAAGUCAAGGCCCUGCGUGAUUCUGGCGUGGAUGCGCGGACUCUCAACAGCAACACACCACAAGACGAGAAGGAGCACAUCUACCUGGAUCUUGCCUCAGGUCAUCCUCGGACACGGCUUUUGUAUGUGACGCCAGAACUCUGCUCGGGAGACUUCUUCCGUAAGCGGCUUCAACUAGUUCAUGAGCAAAAGGAGUUGGCACGCAUCGUCGUUGAUGAGGCCCAUUGUAUUUCGGAAUGGGGCCACGACUUUCGGAAAGACUACAAACGAUUAUCAUGGUUCCGGGACGCCUUUCCUGAUGUCCCAGUUAUGUGCCUCACUGCAACUGCCAACGAACAAGUCCGCAGGGAUGUUCUCGCCACGCUUGGUCUCGUCAAGGCUGGCAACCCGAGCCCGGUCAGGUUGAAGCAGUUCACAACGACGGCCCACAGACCCAACCUCCACCUCGAGGUGCGCUUUACCAGCGACGAGGCGAACGACAGGUACUCGGACUUUGUGCAGUGGAUUCAAGACGUCUACGAGCGCAGGCGGGAAGACGAACGCAGGUCGGAGCUGGAGGGCAGCAACGAACGCGUCGAGGCGGUUUCGGGAAUCAUCUACACCAUCAGUCGAAGUGAGUGCGAGUCCCUCGCGGCCUCGCUGAGGGAGGAUGGGAUUGGCGCCCAGCCAUUCCAUGCCAAGCUUUCCAAGCAAACCAAAGAGAGCACACUGGCCAAGUGGAUUUCAAAUGAUCCCGGUUACGAUGUCAUCGUGGCGACUACUGCCUUCGGAAUGGGCAUCGACAAGGACAACGUCCGGUUCGUCGUGCAUUGGCGCUUGCCCAAGUCCUUCGAAGGCUAUUAUCAAGAGGCAGGACGUGCGGGACGGGACGGCAGAGCGUCAUACUGUUUCCUCUACUACAGUCGAGAGGAUCGGGAUCGCACGUACAGCAUGGUCACCCGGGAUUCCAAUCAAAGUAGAAACGGCGACAUCGGCGGUAAUUGUGGUGCCCGCCUCGAGAGUCUAAACAGGCUGGUUGCUUACUGCGAGGAUACCAGCGGCUGCCGACAUGCGGCAUUAUGUCGAUAUUUUGGUGAAACAAUCGAACCGUCGUGUGACUUUGCCUGUGAUUGGCAUAGGGAUCCGCAAGUACUGAAGGAUAGGAAGAGACGGGGACUUGCAACUGAGGAGUACAUAAGUACCCAGCGCCAGGAGGGGAGAUAUGAUGACUUUGGAAACGAUUAUGACUAG